CGAAGAUGGGAUCCGGGUAUUGGAGUUGGAGCUUGCCUUGCUACGAUCUGGCAAGAUUACAUCUCUGAUUCGGGGAAUCAGGAUUUUUUUUUGGUUACAUUGGGUAGGGAUUUGGGUAUCGACAAAGGGAUUAUCGGACGUUUGAGGAAACUUUGGAUUGGGUUUCUAUGGUGGUGGAUUCAGAUCAAUUCUCAGAUCGAAUCACGGAUCUACACAGAGUCAGUUAUUGAGUCACGGUGAGGACCUGAGGAAUGGCGAGGGCACUCGCAAGCGGUUGAAGAUUUCGGUGGCGCAUUUUGACAACUCGGCCCUAAUCAAAACCUACUCCAAAACUUUGAUUGGGAGGUGUAUGAAUCCGGAUGAACAAGAGAUGAAUGCUUUGUUCACAAACCUUCCAAAGAUCUGGAAAUUGGAGGAGAAGGUCACGGGGACUGAUUUGGGCUUUGGCAAGUUCCAGUUCGAUUUCAAGACUGAAGAGGACCUUGAAGGGGUCUUGAAGCACCAACCUUAUCACUUUGACUUCUGGAUUCUCUCCUUGGCGAAGUGGCAACCAAAGCAGUCUAGGUCUUUCCCUUCGGAGAUCAUGUUCUGGAUCAAAGUCAUUGGGAUUCCGCUUGAGUUCAGGACGGUCCCUACUUUUGAGAGUAUUGGAGGCGCGUUGGGACGGGUGGUUGCGGUGGAUACGGUUCAUAAUAGGGUUCAAGUGGUGGUGGAUGCUUUUAAGGAGCUGUGUUUUGAAACCACCGUGGACUUUAAAGGAGGGGAGUUCUAUGAUGGUGAGGAAGCGGCGGUAUCAUUGCGUUAUGAGAAACUUUUUGGUUUCUGCAAGCUUUGUGGUAGUCUCUGUCAUAAGGACGAGCUAUGCCCACUUGAUGUAAAGAAUUUAAAGGUCAGUCCAGAGCGGAAAAGAGAAAACAGAGAAGGCGCUGGGGCUUGGUCUGAUGGGAAGCGCCAUGAAGAUGGAGCUCGAAGCUAUAAAGGGGUGGUUAUAAAUGGUAAUAUGGGCCCACCAAAUAAGGAAAGAGAUAGUAGGGAGUACUAUGGGAAGGGCAAGGGCAAGAUGUAUGAGGAAUCAGAGUCAAAAUGGGUGAAGGUUGCGGAACGAGGAUCUAGGAGACCUCCCAAUCAUUAUGGAAACUACAGAGGAGACAGAGAGAGCUCUCGUUACAACAAUGCGCGCAGAGGAGAUGUGAGGAGGGGUGGUCCAGGGGGGGAACGCGGGGCUUAUACGGUACACACUAAAGUGUCCUCAGGGCAGGUACGAGAGGAGCAAAGUCAGAGGUCUUUACCUCAGGAAACUCGAGAAGAAGGAGAGAUUAGGAGUACCGAAACCGAGGAUGUGAAUUUGGCGUCUGCAGAGUUCCAAUUAGAGCUUGCUAAGACACAGACGGAGGCCACGGAAGGGUUUAUGGAGGCUACAGACGUGGAAAAAGGUCUACUUGAGGUGCAAGGAAUGGUGGGGAAGGCGGAUGUAUUAACAGAUGAUGUUAUGAAAGAUAUUGACAUGGAGAUGGAUGCUAUCAAUGCUACUCUGCUGAAGAAUGGUAUGGAUAUGGAGGCAGAGGAUGAGUUUCAGACCCUCUCGGAGGAAGAAGCGGAGCAAGCCAUUGGGGAUCAGAUGGUGCAUUCUCACGCACAGGAGGGAGAGGAGUUGGGUAAUGGUGAUGGGGCUCUCAACGAUGACACGGGGGCAGGGGAUAUGGGGACAAGGCAAAGCUCUCGUAAGCGCUUUUUCAAGCCUACUAUUAGCACUGCUGGGAGUAAUAAGAUGAGGAUGGCGAGUGUGCUUCUCUCUCCGCGUAAAAGAUCUGUAGCAAAAGGAGGCUCUCGUCAGGGAGAUAGCAGUAAGCAACUGGACAACAAGGGUCCUUCAAACCCGAAACCAGCUAAUCUGAAAUUCUAAGUUUAUGGAUCAUGAGUCUGCAAUAAAAAUCCUAAGAGUAUGGGUAUUUGUGGUUGUUUCUUUAUUUAUUAUAUCUUAUGUUAUGAGCAUGUUUGGUUUAUUUGGUUCUUAUGGGGUUCGGGAAGAAGUCUUUGUGCGUCUCCUUUUGGUUUUUGUCGAACGUUGGAAUAAAACUAUUUUGUUAUGGUUA